AACUACUAUGGAGCAGCCCGGCAGAUCCUGAGCGACAACCCGCUCGGUUUGACUUGUGGAAUGAUUUGUCCAACAUCGGAUCUCUGCGUUGGUUCCUGCAAUCUACAAGCUACCGAGGAGGGAGCUAUAAAUAUUGGAGGACUCCAGCAAUUCGCCUGUGAUGUCUUUAAAAAGAUGAACAUCCGACAAAUCGUCUCAAAAGAAAUUCGCGAAAAUAGGAACAAAUCCCAUGAGUCACCUAUCGCUUUGAUAGGAUGCGGCCCUGCAUCGAUCUCUUGCGCAUCAUUUUUGGCUCGGCUGGGUUACACUGACAUCACUAUCUAUGAGAAGAACGAUUACGUUGGAGGACUAAGCUCAUCCGAAAUUCCGCAGUUCCGUCUGCCUUAUGAUGUAGUCGACUUCGAGAUACAGUUGGCCAAAGAUAUCGGUGUGAAAAUUGUGACUGGACGAGCACUGCAUAAGAAUGAUCUCACAGUAGAAAAGCUCAAGGCGGACGGAGCCAAAGCUGUCUUCAUCGGAAUUGGAAUGCCCGACCCCAAGAAGAUUAGUGUCUUUGAAGGCCUCAACCAAAGCCAUGGAUUUUACACAAGCAAAGAUUUCCUUCCCAUGAUAGCAGCCGCAAGCAAGCCUGGUAUGUGUGCAUGCUCUGCAAAGCAACUACCAUCUAUGAAAGGAAGAGUGAUUACAACCUUCCUAUCACGACAUUUCAAAUGCUCUUUUGUAGGUGACACUGCUUUCGACUGCGCUACUUCUGCACUUAGAGCUGGAGCUUCGAGAGUGACUGUGGUGUUCCGUAAAGGGUUC